UCCGUCGCGGGGCUCUGGGAGCAUGGACCGCGCCGCGCUGCUGCUGCCGCUGCUGCUGGGGCGGCCGCUCCUGGGCGCGCCGGGGCAGGGCGAGCGCACCUGGUCCCGCUUCGCGCGGCUGCCCUACCCGCAGGACCAGCUCUUCCUCCACGACACCUUCCCCGACGGCUUCCUCUGGGGCGCGGGCAGCGCCGCCUACCAGACGGAGGGCGGCUGGCGGCAGGGCGGCAAGGGCGCGUCGGUGUGGGACGCCUUUUCCCACCGCCCCGCCGGGGGCGAUGCUGGGGGCCCGGCGGGCGGCGACGUGGCCAGCGACAGCUACAACAACCUCUACCGCGACGUCGAGGGGCUGCGGCUCCUCGGGGUCUCCCACUACCGCUUCUCGCUCUCCUGGGCUCGCCUGAUGCCCAAUGGCACGGUGCCCGUCAACCCUGCCGGGCUCGCCCACUACCAUCGGCUGCUGGAGCACCUGCGGGAGCUGGACAUCGAGCCCGUCGUCACCCUCUACCACUGGGACCUGCCGCAGGCUCUGCAGGAUGCCUUCGGUGGAUGGACCAGCCCUGUCCUGCCCCAGCUCUUCAGCGACUAUGCCGAGCUCUGCUUCCGGCAUUUUGGUGGUCGGGUGCGCUACUGGUUGACCAUGGACAACCCCUACGUGGUGGCCUGGCAUGGCUAUGGCACGGGGCGGCUGCCGCCCGGCGUGCAAGGAGGCCCACGUCUUGGCUACCGGGCGGCUCACCACCUGCUCCAGGCCCACGCAAAAGUCUGGCAUCUCUACAACGAACAUUUUCGUCCAACUCAAAGAGGAAAAGUGUCCAUUGCCCUCAGUUCCCACUGGAUAAAACCUCAACAUAUGACUGAAAAAAACAUAAAAGAAUGUCAAAAAUCCCUUGAUUUUGUGCUCGGCUGGUUUGCUAAGCCCAUAUUUAUCGAUGGCGACUAUCCAGAGAGCAUGAGGAGCAACCUCUCAUCUCUGUUGCCUGAAUUCACAGAAGUUGAGAAGAUUUAUAUCAAGGGAACAGCAGACUUUUUUGCUCUUUCUUUUGGAGCUACCCUGAGUUUCCAGCUUUUGGACUCCUACAUGAAAUUCCAGCAGUUGGAAUCAAUAAGCCUAAGGCAACUCCUUUACUGGAUAAGCAGUGAAUAUAACAACCCCGAAAUAUUCAUUGUGGAGAACAGCUGGUUUGUUUCUGGUAGCACCAAGAGAGAUGAUGCCAAAUAUAUUUACUAUCUCAAAAAAUUCAUUAUGGAAACUUUAAAAGCCAUCCGGUACGAUGGAGUUAAUGUGUUUGGCUACACAGUGUGGUCCCUCCUGGAUGGCUUUGAAUGGCACAGGGGAUACAGUAUUCGGCGUGGAUUGUUUUAUGUUGAUUUUCAAAGCCAUGACAAGAAAUUGAUGCCUAAAUCUUCUGUGUUAUUCUAUCAAAAGCUGAUAGAAAAAAAUGGCUUCCCACCUUUGCCUGAAAACCAGCCCAUGGAAGGGAUUUUUCCUUGUGGCUUUGCUUGGGGAGUUGUUGACAAUUAUAUCCAGGUAGACACGACACCCGCACAGUUUCUUGACUCUAACGUUUAUGUGUGGGACGUUCACCAGACGAAGAAGCUUAUUAAAGUGGAUGGAGUUUUCACCUCAAAACGCAAGCAUCAUUGUGUUGAUUUUGCUGCUAUCAGGCUCCAGAUCUCUCUUCUGCAAGAAAUGCAUGUCACACACUUCCAUUUUUCACUGAAAUGGUCUUCAAUCCUUCCCUUAGGUAACCUUUCCCUAAUCAACCACACACUUAUACAUUAUUAUCAGUGUUUUGCUAGUGAACUUCUCAGAGUUAACAUAACUCCUGUUGUUGCUUUAUGGCAACCUAUGGCUGAUAAUCAAGAGCUUCCAGUUUCCCUUGCCAAAUAUGGAGCUUGGGAAAACCCAGAAACAGUUCAGGCUUUUGUUGAGUAUGCCAAAUUCUGCUUUACAAGUCUUGGGGACCAUAUCAAAUUCUGGAUCACAAUGAAUGAACCAUCUGUGAAAAACUUGACAUAUACAGCGGGCCACAACCUAUUGAAAGCCCAUGCAAAAGCCUGGCAUCUUUAUGACAAAGAGUUCAGGAGAUCUCAGAAAGGUAAAAUAUCUAUAGCUCUGCAAGCCGACUGGGUAGAACCAGCUUGUCCCUUUUCCAGGAAUGACCAAGAAGUUGCUGACAGAGUUUUAGAGUUCGACAUUGGCUGGCUUGCAGAGCCCAUCUAUGGAAAUGGUGAUUACCCACAGGUCAUGAGAGCAUGGCUUCACCGAAGAAACAGUGUUGACUUAUAUAAUUUCCACUUGCCUUAUUUCUCAGAAGAUGAGAAGAAGUUAAUCCAGGGCUCAUUUGAUUUUUUUGCUUUGAGUCACUACACCACUACCCUUGUGGGCUGGGAGAAAGAAGAUGCGCUAAAAUAUGACCACUAUCUUGAAGUUCAAAUGAUCAAUGACAUUACAUGGCUGCACUCCCCCAGCAGAGCUGCAGUAGUGCCCUGGGGACUACGUAAAUUGCUCAAGUGGGUUAAAUCAAAAUAUGGUGAUGUCCCAAUUUAUGUUACGGCGAAUGGAAUUGACGACGACCACAAUAUGGUGCAUGAUAAGCUUAGAGUGUAUUACAUACAGAAUUACAUCAAUGAAGCUUUAAAAGCCUACACCUUGGAUAACAUUAACCUGCAAGGAUAUUUUGUCUAUUCUUUUAAUGACAAGACUGCUCCUAAAUAUGGUCUCUACAGUUAUGUUGCAAAUCAAUAUGAACCAAAGCCUUCUAUGAAACAUUACAGGGAAAUAAUUAGCAAUAAUGGUUUUCCUGGUCCUGAAAGUCCUGAGGUGAUGUGCCCAGAAGAGAUUGCCUCGUGUCCUGAAUGCCACUUCUUCCGAACCAGGAAAUCAUUAUUAGUCUUUGUCUCUUUCAUAUUUGUUGGUUUUAUUGUUACUAUAUUUUUCAUUACUUACUACUCCAAGAGGGUAGAAAGAAGGUAUAAAUAAAGCUGCCCCUUUGAAUACAUCACUCACUGCCCUUCCUCUUGCUUCUGCUUGGGAAAUCUGAAGCAAGAGUGCACGAUGUUGUGAUUGCUUCAGCACUAGGAAGGCAUUUACAUUGCCUGUUACUGCAGAAGAUUGACACCAAGGAGUGCUUGGUAGCAUAUGGCUUCCAGAAAUAGUUUUCUCUGGUUUAUGACCAUUCCUUAAUUCUUGUAGUUGAGGUCACCUCACAAGCUUCGAUGGGACCUGGUCCUGAGCUUUCCUCUCCUCAGUAUUUCCUCACUGAGUUGGACAUGUACAAGCAUAUUUAAAAGACAUGGAGUGAUGGAAAAACCUCAGUGUCAAAUUAUCCAAGAGAAGAUCGGGGUAAACCAAAAUGGUUUACUUUUCCAAAUAAGGAUUUAAUGUUGAUGUUGCAUGAUCAGAGACAACAACUGACUGGAGGAAGGAAUGUGACUGAGCAGAGAUGGAAGAGAAUUGCACAAAGCAGCGCUGGAGGAAAGGAUACUCCAGCGAGUUGGGGAAGUGACUGGGAGACAUGAAUCUGUGAUGCUGGGAGCUCUUGAUAAAUCAGUUAACUACUACUCAGGUUGCUGACGGCUGCAUCUGACUUUGAGAUAUCAUCACAGAACUUCAGCUAAAGGAACUGUGUCUUCUCAGUUGGGAGAGAAGCAGGGGUAUGUCCGGGGAUGACAGGGGUCAUGAUGGCUGAUGGGAAGAGAUAGGGAGGGUGAAAGGGCUUCUCUUUGAUUUGCUCAGUAAAUAACAGAGAGCAGGAACUGGAAUGUCUUUGCUGUCUCAGUUGUCAGAAAUCUGUGUGUCCAUGGGCAGAGCAGGGGCACCCAUUGCACACAGCUGGCACUGUGAUGCUGCCUGGCUACUUACCUGCUGGAAACUUGUGGGUAAGCUAGUAAGAUGCAAUCUGCAUGCCAUUUGUGUUGAUUGUGGAGACUUUAAAUCCCACCAUUUUGAUGCAAUAAUCUAGCACUUUAUUGCUGCUAUCGCCAGGGUCUGAAAUAUGGGAGCUGCUGGUCCAAACAUCUUCCAGGUUGGCUGGAGGAUGUCCUUUGAGCAACUGGCUCUGGCCCUAGCAGCAUUUCAUCCACAAGUGUUGCUGAACCUCUGCACGCCUCUCAUUUUUCACUCAGCAAGAUAAAUAAGCAGGAUAUUAGCAACAUUGUUUAUUAGUAGAAACAGAGAAUGGAAAAAACCUGCACAUUAUUUUGCCUGCCUCAUGAAUCACUACAUUAGGAGUGUCCUCAGUAUAAAGCAAUGAGAUCAUUUUGCUCCGCUCUCUAACUCUAGACUUGCAUCACCUUCAGUUGUAAUUGUAUUUUUAUUACUAUGUAAAUAAUGUCAGACACUGGAAAGAAUAUUUUAAGGGAAAUGUGCUCUGUGUUAGUUAAGAAUUAUUUAUCUACUGAAGCUGAUUAUGCUGUAUUAAAUAUGAUGUUUAUCUACUAGAUGGCUAGUAGAUGACUAAAUGACCUCCCAGGGUUCUUUUCAACCUGAGUACUCUAUGAUUCUGUGAUUCUAUACUGUAAAUUAAAAUUUACAUAUGAAAUAUGAUUUUCAUUUAUAACUUAAGAUUAUAUUUUUUCUUAAAUGAUCUAUAGAAAUAGAGAAGAAUUAGUAUCUUGCCAUAAUGAUUAAUAUAUUUGACCUCUAGUUCCAGCCUUAAAAUCUUUUUUGCAGUAAUGCAUAUCUUGAUAGUGAAAAAUUCAGGGUAAAUGACGAAGGAUUAAAAAUGUAUAAAAAUAAUUUAUAGCCUGAUAGGACUUGCUGAAGAAUAGCAAUUUAAACUGCUGUAUAUUUAUGCAUUGGUGCCCAGUGCAGUGUGGAUUUCAAAGAAAUAGCUCUCAGUGAAUAUGUGAAAUGCCAAAUGGCUUUCUCCAUGGCAUGGUAAUGAUUCACCUUGUAAUACAUUGCUCCAGUAGUCAGAUGCCUUCACAAUACAUAACAAAAAGUGGCAUUCAUUUAAUACAAACUGUAGCCAGGUUGUACCUAACUUGUAUGCUACGUGUGUGCAUGUAUCUAUGUUAGAAUUGUUUUGCUGUUCUCAGACAAAGAGUCCGAGAAGCUGAGUGUCCGUGCUUCCCCUGGUUUUGAGGGGUUAGGGAGCCUGGGCAGGGCAAGAGCAUGGGUGCCAUGCUGUUGGGCACUGGCCCUUCCUGACACUUCACUAAGCUCUAACCAUCCAGUUCCUGUCCUCUGCUCUUUGAUGGCCCAGCUCCAGUGCAAUGUGUAAAACAGCAGUCUGAGCAUGGACGAGACACUGCAGGCUCUUCCUGUAGAGGCUGGGUGAUAUGUAUCCGCCGGCAGGCAGAUGGCACCAGCUGGAUAUCUAAUUUGUAGGUAAAUUGGGAUUUGUUGCUGUGAAGCAGCACAUCCACCCAUGGUGCCAUGGCCCGUAGAAGUAACACAGCCUUUGGCGCAAGUCCUUUCAGGAGAGUUUUUAAAUAUCACUGCAGAGUAGCGACUGGCUCAAGUUCCAAAGUCUUCUAAGCGGUCUGCCUUCAGUGCUGCUUGUGCACAGCAAUGUAUAGCUCUUAGCAAAUUAAUUGCACAGUGAUGAACCAGGGAAAAUAUAGGCUAUUCUGAUAGAUAAUGGUAUGGUUUUGCCGUGGGAAUUCAUUUUAUGUAAUCAGAGGUCAGCAUGAAUUUGUCAAUCUUCUUGAAAAAGCACUAGCAAAAAAGUAUCUGUGAAUAGGCAAAGUUUAGGUACCUGUACAAAAAGAAUUGUGGUGUGCUGAUGCGAAUGGAUGCAGUCAUCACCUCCUGUGAUCAGGCUGUGGGUUGUGGGGCAGUUCUUGGGUUUGAUACCCAUGUGUGAGCAACAAUCACACCUCCCCGUCACCAUCUGUGCAUCUAGAGUAGCAAGGACUUUGAGCAGAGGGAACUCCAUACUUGGACUGCAAAGACAGCUCAGGGCAGGAUGGUACUUUAUUUUCUGAAGAGCAACCGUAGUCUGCAUGUAACGGAUGCUAUGUGCCAUAUGAUAUGCAGGCUACUUUCUCGAUUUUAACUGUGCUUCUAGAAUUAAAUGUUGUUGCCAGCUUGCUCAGUGCUCCAGAUCAAACAUGUUGUAAAAUACAAAAAUUAUAUUUUUAUUCAACAUAUUUUUGUGACAGAAGUGCAAAGCUGCUGUUUUAUUUCCUGAAAAGAUUGUGCAGUGUGACUCUGGAAAUGAUGUCUUUGCUAAAUGAAAGAAUGAAUGUUAUAUUGUUUUUAUAACAAUCUCAGAAUUGAAAUAAAGAUACUGUAUGUAACAAGUUGUAAUAAGAUCUUACUGUUUAAUCUGGCAAGUCUCUCUGUUUGCAACAUGAAUUAGAGAAUAUCUUAGAGGAGACUGUUAUGGUAACUCUGGAGUGAGUUUGUGUUGCUGUUUGGUUUUUCAGUGCUUUAUAAAUAACUGAAACUUUUGUUGGAGGUUUCUGGGCCCUGUGUCCAAACAGACGUUUUUCCAGUAGACCUGGAGCUUUGGAAGGGGUUUGUUUCUUUGAAUUUUUGUUGGUUGUUUUUUUUUUAGAGUGACUACUUAAAAAGCCUGGGGAAGUUACCACACCAAUGUAAGUGUCUUUUGUUGCAAUAGCUUAUUCCAUAGUAACACUGCAAUAAAUUUAAGAGCUGUUCUCUUCCAGCAGAGUUACUCAGAGGCUUAAAGGACUUUGUCAGCGUAGCUGUGGCACUAAGCAGUCAGUUUUUGUUAUCCUUGUUAAACAUCCUAAGGAAAGUAAAUGUCAAGGUUAAAGGAAGUGGGUGCUGAAAGGGACAAGACUAAUGAAUGGGACAGUGGUCAUAUAAUUGUCAGCAUUUUCAAGACACAACUUGCCGUUCACUUUUCUUCUUGCAUCAUAUUCGGUUACUUCUGAGUCACUUAGAAAACUUGAUCUGUUGAUCCUCCUUUCAAAAACCUAUUAGGUGAAAAUGUCCUUGUCAAGGGCAAAGAAGUCAGUUUACAUGAUAGAUUUCAGAUUCAACUGAGAAAGUUCAGUCUUGUUCCUUCUUCACUCAUGCAAAGCCGAGAAUAGGAGG